AUGAAAAGUAAAAAGAUAGCUGUAUUUCAAGUUCGGGAGAAUGAGCUAAUAGUGUUGCUACAAAAAGUGAAACUGGAUGAAGGAGCAGGUUUUGGGGAAAGACAAAUUGGUUUCGUUGUGGAACAUUCAAAUGGACAGGCAGAGGAAACUGUUAAAGACCUAGAUGGAGGGAGGGCGGGACCUCCGAGCUCCCCCCAGCCAGGCUUAGGGGAAGAGGGAAGGGGCGGGAAGCAGGGCCACUCUAGAGGAGAGCUGGGACCCCGCCAAAGACCGAAGUCGGAGCCCUGGCUUCCCUGCCAUUCGUUCCAGGGCUGCUCGGGGCAGAGCCGGCGGAGUGGCGGUUGUGAUCCGGCCCGAUCCUCCGCCACCGUGGUCCUCAGUCCAACUCGCUUCAACGCGAGAGGCCGCCGGGCUGGGCGACGUCUCCGUGUCCGUCUCCCUCCUUAUAAAACGUUGUUAGGACCCAGCCGUAAUUCCAAAUAUGACGAGCACACUGGAGUGAGGGUCCAGAGCCCUGGUUCAAGAGAGGAAAGUCUUGAAUCCUCCUUCCAUGCCCUGAUGAUUCAAGGGCCCUUUCUUCUUCCAGAGUUUGAUCAGCCAUCCCAACCAAGAGCUAUGAACUUCAUAGCCCCCCAGAACACUGCUGUGUCGUCUUUGAGGACAGUCAAUACCCUUCUGCUGUUGGCUGUGAUACGAGGGGCUGCAGGCAACUUCCCCACCUAUUCUUGGCGAGAUGCAGAGACCCAGGAGUGGCUGCUGUGUCAGCAGUGCCCACCUGGCACCUUUGUGGAGCAUCACUGCAGCCACAGGAGCCCCACGAUCUGCCAGCCGUGCCCGUCACUGCACUACACACAGUACUGGAACUACCUGGAGAAAUGCCGAUACUGCAAUGUGUUCUGUGGGGAGCACGAGGAGGAGGCUCAGGCCUGCAACGCCACUCACAACAGAGCCUGCCGCUGCCAGUUGGGCUACUAUGCCCAUGCUGACUUCUGCAUUGAGCACUCGGCCUGCCCCCCGGGCUCUGGUGUGGUCAUGCUGGGGACCCCAAACCAGAACACACAGUGCCAGCCAUGCCCCAAAGGCACUUUUUCAAGCAACAGCUCCAGCACAGAGAGGUGCCAGCCACAUCGAAACUGCACUGCCCUUGAUAUGUUUCUUAAUGUACCCGGGACUUCAUUCCAUGAUGCCUUAUGCACACGAUGUGCUGGUUUCCCAAGCAGCACUCCUGAGCCAGAUGACAAGGAAUGUGAACAGGCAGUGAUCGACUUUGUGGCCUUCCAGAAUAUUUCACUAAAGAAACUGAUGAGGUUGCAGCAGGUCCUAGAGAGCACUGGUAGUUGGCAGAGGGAAUGGCCAGAGCCAGAGAGCCGGGCAGCUGUGCAGAAGAAGCUACUGCUCAGGUUAACUGAACUCAGUGAGGGCCAGGGAUCUCCAGCCCUUCUCCCCUGGUUGCUAUCGAUUUUUCAAAAAGCCAAGCUAACCACCUUGGAGAGGAAUAUCCGGAAGCGCUUCUCCUUUGACCUGAACGACUAGGCCACCUCCAUCCCCUGAGCCCUGAGUUUGCCCUAGAUUCCAUUAGACCAGCUCCUUCUCCAGGAGACUGAGCUCUGGAGCUAACUGUCCUGGGGCUCAGACUUCUUGGCCUCCCACCAUAAACUCUUUGGACCUAUUUAUUUCACAGCUUGGUAGUGGAGAGGGUGCAGGAGCUGGAGUCUACCUGAACUUCCUAGCUGUGUGACCCUGGGCAAAUCUCUUAACCCUGUUUGCCUCAGUUCCUAUGCAAAAUGAACUGGAGGAGAUGGCAAACCACACCAGUAUCUUUGCCAAGAAAAUCCAAAAUGGGUUCAAAAAUGCCUUGAACAAUUUCCAUCUCCACCAGGCCUCUAUUUUCAGGAGUCACGGUCCCUGUCCCUGAACCUCGCCAGGGGCUACAUUCAAAUUAAUGGUUUUUAUAUCAUAAUGGAAAAGUAUUUUUUAUAAAACUAUUUUGUGAGUCUGUCUUUAUUCCCAUUUCCAGUGCAUGGCACAUA